AUGCAUGGACAACAGUAUCACGGAGCAGUACAAGCGCCACCUCCGCCUCCAUAUCAAAAUCACAUGGAACUUAAUCAACAAUUAUCUACCUAUAGUAGAUCAGCCGAAGAACGUAUGGCUGAUUUUCAACAACUUGUUGCUCGUUAUGAAAUUAAUCAUACAUUUGCUACAAAAUUACGUGUUCUUGAAGGUUAUGAAAUCGUAUUUAUUUGUGAUGAUUCAGGUUCAAUGAAUACUCCACUUGGCGAUCUUUCUGGUCCAUUUGAUAAAAUGCCAUCACGAUGGGAUGAAUUAAAACAAACCGUAUCAAUUGUUGUCGAUUUAGCAAAUGUUUUUGAUCCGGAUGGUGUUGAUGUAUAUUUUCUGAAUCGUGAACCUAUAUUUCAUGUUCAAAGUUCUGAACAAUUAUUACCAAUCUUUGCUAUUCCACCAGCUGGUCCAACUCCGAUCGUUCCAGUUUUUCGACGUGUACUUCGUGAUAAACAACAUGAAAUUGAAGAACGUAGAUUACUGAUACUUUUAGCAACAGAUGGCGUACCAACAGAUAAUCAAGGCCAUCGAGAUAUUCGUUCGUUUGAAUAUGUUCUUAAACAAGAACGUAAACCAACAGAUCGUAUACCUGUGACAAUUAUCGCUUGUACAGAUGAUGAUGAUUGUAUUGGUUAUUUAAAUGAUUGGGAUAAGAAAAUUCCUAAUCUUGAUGUUGUAGAUGAUUACAGAAAUGAAAAAAAAGAAAUUCAAGGACGUCAAGGCAAACAUUUUCCAUUUAGUUUUGGUGACUAUGUCGUCAAGAUUCUUAUGGGUGGUGUUGAUAGUUGGUUUGAUGAUUUAGAUGAAAAGAAAGUUACAACUGAUGGUUAUGGACGACCAAGUGGAAGUGCUCGAGGAAAACGAAAUAAACAAAGAUGUGUUAUUUUAUAA